AUGUCCGUGACAUCAGUAAAGACGAUGGACCUGUCGCCACGGGGCCAUGGCGACUGGCCCUUCCAGCACUUCAAUUCGCCCAGGAAGGCGAGUGAACGCGUUGAGCGCAGCAGCCCGACACCUCCGGCCGUCAGAAAACGAAGCAGAAGCACCCGAAGCAGACAGACGGUUCACUGGCCGUUCCAGAGCAUCGGCACGAUGGACUCAAUCCUGACGCUGGCCGAGGAAGACGAUCAUGAGGCAGCAGAGAGAGCAGUAGCAGCACAUCCGCCUGCUGCAAUCCGGCCGACGACGUGGCAGCCUCUCGGCCGCCUAGGCCAUCUCCGGGGAGCGUAUAGCGAAAGUAUCAGCGUCGGCAUCAGCAUCAGCGGCAGCGGCAGCGGCAGCAGCUUUGACCGGUCGCUGGUACCCGACUACGUCGUCAACUAUCUGCGCGGCGAGACACCCGAAUCGGUGGCCCAACGCCAGGCCGAGAGACGACAGGCAGGCCGGCUGGCAGACGACGAUGACGACAGAGAACUCGGGGCCAACCUCGACCGACAGAGCACGAUGGCCUCAUCAGCCGGCCGAUCAGACCGGCUGAUGCUGGAGGGCACCGAAAAGGGACAGUAUUGGAGGAAGAGAAACCGGAGCCAAAGCCAGAGUGCCAGCUGGACGAUAAACAAGAACCUCGGCGUAUUUUUCAGAGCCGCCACGACGUCUGUCGACUGCAGCCUCGCCGUGCUCGCAUUGCUGUCGUUCCUGCUCUCGGGAGCGGCCAUUGUGGGCGUCGUGCUGCUGCGGAAAACUGGUCGGGUCACGUGCCCAACCACGGCUCCACGAUUGCUUCUGCGGGCGUUGACGGCGAUGGCCACGACAGCUAGCCUGGGCAGCGCGCAGUUCGUCUGGCAGGCCAUCGGCAGCAGUCCGACGCGCGCCGAAGUCGACGGGGCACACGCACAGCGCCGGUGGCUGGACGUCGGCGUGCCAUCGCUGCGAAACACGGCACAUCAUCUGCUGACCGGUCGCGGCCGCAAUAGGGCCAUCGUCUCGAUUGUCGUCAUGGCGGCUGCGCUGAUGCUCGCAGUCCUGCAGGGAUCAAUCGUCUCCGUCUCGGCCUCGUCGUCGUCCAUCUCCUUUAUCAACACCACCGUCCUUGCUGCUGUCGCCGGCCUUCACGGCCUCAUCGGCAUCUGCCUCAUCGGCAUCCUUUUCCACAACCGCAUCCGUCACCACGGCCUUCAUUUUCGCCACCUUCCCCUCGUCACUCUCGGCGAUGCCGUGGCCUCGUUUCUUCGCGACCCUGAUCCAACCACGGCCCAGACCUGCAUGCUGUCCAUGGCCGACGUCCUGCAGGGCCGGUGGCAGACACAAGCUGCUCAGUCCACAUCGCCUUCCAUGACAAGUCCUCGCUGGUUUCGCGCCCUGUCGCUGUCACGUUGGCUCGUCACUUCUCUCGUCUGGUGCAUCCUCGUCGGCCUCGCUGCAGCUGCUCUUGCCGUCGCCAUUAUUGGUCGAAACACUGACCUCGGUGCUUUUGGCCACAUCACUCGCAUCGUCUUUUCGUCCUCCUCCUCCCCUUCUUCCUUCUCCCUCAUUGCCGGCUUGCCCCAUCUCGGCCUCGCCCUCCUCUAUCUCCUUGUCCACGGCCACCUGUCCGUCUACUUUUUGGCCCAUGAAUUUUCUCUCUUCGCUGCUGUCGCGUCGCCUGGCCGCGGCCGUCCGAGUCGACCGCUCCGCGUCUCUGUUCGCCCGCGAGGCUUCCAGACUUCUUCCCUUUACCUGACAUUACCACUGCCUUGGGCCUCUUUGCUGCUGCUGCUCUCUGCUGCUCUGCACUUUGUCCUCGGCUCCAGUGUCGUUGUCGUCGUCUCGUCAUCGUUGUCUCUCUCUCUUCUCGGCUUCAGCUCUCUCAGCCUCGUCGUCUUCCUCGCACUCCUUCUGACCCUAGCUAUCCUCGUGCUCGGCCUCGGUGCUCGCCGCUCGCCGCCGGCCUUGACCGUCACCAUAGCUUCUGACAGCGAUGAGCACCCCGUCGUCAAUCCGCUGUUCCUUCUUGGCGGCUCCUGCAGUGCCGUCAUUAGUGCCAGAUGCCACCCGCUGUCUGACGAGGUCGCCGAAACUAUGGUCACUAGUGACAAUCGAGAUAGCAGUGACAGCAGCGCCGGGCCUCUGCCAAUUUGGCUGCGCCCACUUGCCUGGGGACCUGUGUCUGCAUCCCACCACGACCAUCAUAACAACGUCAACAGCGCAUUCAGUCACUGUACUUUCACCAGCCGUCCGGUGCUCCCGCUGGACCUGUCGCAGAGUUAUGCUUGA